AUUUACACCGAUUUAACCCAAAAUUUUCUUGCGUAUAAACUCUCUGUUUUUUCUUUUUCUCGAGAAAAUUUGUCCCUGUUUGGGAACAGAAACUCCAAACUUGUCCCUGUUUGAAGACCAAAAAAGGAAAACAUAUUUCAAAGAUAAAAAAAAGAAUAAUGGCAGGGACUGCUGGUCCACAUGAAUUUUCGGAUACUGAUAGAAGCUCCGAGGAUGAAACUGCAGUUAACAUGGCCAAAUACGAAGGGAUCAGACAAGAACUGUUGCAGGAACAAAAUAUAAUGGAUAAUGAGUUCAUUUCAUCAGAACAAGCUAAUGAGGCUUUUGGUUUGGGGAAUUUGGAGCCAUACACUGGGAUGACUUUUCAAUCCCUGGAUGAUGCAAGAGAUUUUUAUUUUGAAUAUGCCAGGCGCACUGGCUUCAGCAUACGAACAAAUCGGAUUCGACACUCACUAAAGAACAUGGCUAUAAUUGGCCGGGAUUUUGUGUGUUCCAGGGAAGGUUUUCGUGCGGCAAAGCAUGCACAUAGAAAAGACAGGGUUCUUCCUCCAAGGCCAGUUACAAGAGAAGGGUGCAAAGCAAUGAUAAGGUUGGCUGCUAGGGAUGGAGGUAAAUGGGUUGUUACCAAAUUUGUACACGAGCAUAGCCACAAGUUAAUGGACCGCAAAUUUCCCGGAGAGCUGCCAACUGUAAACAUGCUAAGUGAGGAAGAGAAGGAUAAGAAAAUACAGGAUCUAUACAAUGAGCUACAUCGGGAAAGAGCACGGUCUGCGACAUUUCAACAACAACUGCAUAUGAUUCUCAAAGAUCUUGAAGAACAUGCUGAAUUCAUGUCGAUUAGAGUUGAAGACAUAGUUGACAGCCUGAAAAGGGUUGAACUCAAUGAUUCUAGCUUUAACUAGCCAUGACAACGAGUAAGUUUUUCAUGGGAUAGGCCAUAACUAGACAUAAUUUCAGAUUGGUAGGACACUGGUAAAUUCAGUCAUUGGGUUUCAUCAUUCUAACUGUUCUGAGGCUGACAUUGUAAUUCAUUAACAUAACAUUGUAUCUUAGGAACCACCAUGAUAGAAGAAAGAUGUGCUGGGGAUUCCUCAGGUAUUCCCUUCUCAAGGUGUUCAGUUCUGUUCAAACAAGUGAAUAUGAUAAAAAUGAUUGUAACCAAGGAGCUGUAGGAGGUUUGAGCUCAACCUGAUAUUGAAGGGUCGUAGUUCGGUUGGUCGAA